CUCUCGCAUUUUUAUCGUCUCCAGCUUCGCAAUGGCCUCCCGAGGAGGCACGAAGCGCAUGACGCCAGACAAUAUUAUAGAGAUACACGACUCGGACUCAGAACCAGAAUAUGUUGCCAGCCCACCGCACAAACGGAUGAGGACCACAAAUGCAGCAGCCGCGUCCACUAGCAAAUUAAGCGCCCAAGUUAGCGCCACCGCCAGCAAGAGUAGAUUUGACGCUAUGGGUUCUGCGAACACGAGCCUGAAGGGCAAGAAGCGCUUCGAUGCAGAUGUCGAGGAUAUGAAGCGUGCAGCGGAGGCUGGCCUGUCGGUGAAAGGGCUACGGGUGAAGACAUUCCGCCCCGGUGAGGAUGAAGGAUCGAUUGAGAUGUCCCUGGUGGACGAUCAGAAUGCGGCGCCUGUCUUGAAUCUGAAUCUCCUUGUGUCUGACCCAUCGGACUAUCCCAAAGGUCACUCCUUCUUCUCCUACUGCCCAGAUGGCGGCCCACCAGACCUCUUCCGUGACAUCCUAGACGACCUGGCCACCGCCCCCUCCCGCCCUAUCGCCACGACUAUAGAACGCCUCGUCACGCAAGUAGCGAACGCCAUGAAUCCCUCCGCCGCGUCCGACGACGAGGACCCCGCGGAGGACGACGACGAAGACGACAGCGUGAUCGACUACGACGCGUUCGACUACGAGCCCGCCGCGCCCUCCACGAGCGACAACCACCGCGAGCGGAUGCGCGCGCUCCAGCACGACUUCCUCGAGUGCGUCGCGUCCGGGUACACCGCGGGCAUCGUGCGCUUCAGCGGGGAUGACUUCUGCGUCUCCGUCUCCAUCCCCGUCGCGCGCCUCGCCACCAUGGUCCCCCCGCGCGCGCUCGUCGCGUGGGAUCGGCGCCUGCUGGCCACCUCGCAGCACCUCACGCUGCUCAUCGGCACGUUCCACGGCGGGUACCCGGGCGUCGACGCGCAGGGGCAUAUCAUAUCGGGCAAGGGCCUCGCCUCCGGCCUCAACUUCAAGGUCGGCCUCACGCGCAACUACAAGCCGAGCAAGGACGUCGCGCGCGACGCGAUUCGUACGUUCGGGCUGAUUACCGAGGAUGCGGAGGACGAGCUGCAGAGGCAGAAGGAGGAGGAGGCGGCGGCGCGACUGGCCGCGCUGAUGGCGGAGGGCGAGGAGGGGUCGCCCGAGCCGCAGCCACCGGUGGAGGAAGAGGAAGAGGAGGAGAAGUUCGAUCGGUUCAGCUUGACGAGCUCGUUGGAGAGCUUGAUGGAGCAGUCCUUUUUGAAGGUACUGCAGGUCAGGAAGGAGUUCGGCCUUGGUUGGGCCGGGGCGGAACUCCUGCUUCUCGAGUCGGACAAGCUACAACAGCGACCAGCAGACUUGUUCAAGUCGAGCAAGGCGCGCUUCGUCGCAGAGGACAAGGAGGAGAGGAAGCUCGCGAAGACAGUCAAGCUGCCCGAGGACCCUUUGCGAGAAAGCGGAAAGCAGGACUCAAUCAACCUGCCUCUCACCGCAUACUCGUACUUGAUUCGCAGACUUUCGCUUUGCACGCGCUACUGCCUCGUCUGCCACACCAAGGUCAAGACCGAGUUUGCAGCGCUCAAGCCCUACGUCUGCGACUCCGCCCUCUGCCACUACCAGUACUACAUGCACAACCGGGGUCCCUCCAUUGAGUACGAGAUCAUCCACAACCCGCAGGCCGUGGAUUUGCUCGUCGCGCUGGCCUACUCGGCCGCGGUCGAGCAGGUGCUUGACGAUCCUCUGCCGAAGCAUUUGGGGCUGCGUGUGCCGGUGCCCAAUAAUGGGGAUAUCAGGGCUCCGCCUCCGAUGCGUGGGGUGGUGCAGACUCAGCCGGUGGCCUUGGCUGUCGUGCAGCCUGAUGCGGAUGGCCUAUGCGAGUUUGACAAGCUUGAGGUGCCUCAGAUGCGGUAUGCCAUCGCAAAACUCAUCGAAUCCCUGCCCAAGAUCUCGGAGAUGCGCAAGCACCUUAUGAAGCGGAUUGCGAGGGGGAAGUCGAAGCCCAAGCUGCACGAGGUGAAGCCGGAGGUGCUGCCGGCUGCCUGGACGAUCCUGCGGUGGUGUGUUGCGUCGUGUCGGUCGUAUCUUGAGGAGAUCACGGACGAGGAGUACCUCAUCAAGAAUAUUGACUCCGAAUGGCGCCAAUUCCGCUUCACCGUCGGCGCCCCAGACGCAGAGGCCCGCUUUCGCGCCUCCAUCGAGGCCGCCGUCAAGAAGGAUCAAAACGCGAUGAACUUCCCCUCCAUCUUCGCCUUCCACGGCUCUGGCCUGCGCAACUGGCACUCCAUCCUCCGGCAUGGCUUAUGGUUCAAGGACAUCGUGAACGGUCGCGCGUACGGGCAUGGCGUGUACUUCGCGAAGGACGGCUCGAUCAGCAUGUCCACCUACGCCCAGCGCGGCACGAAGACGUGGGAGGGGAGUGAGGUGAUACCGCUGCAGUGCACCGCGCUGGCGGAGAUUGUAAAUCUGCCGGGGGAGUUUGUGAGCAGAGAUCCACAUUUGGUGGUUGCGAACACGGAUUGGAUUAUGUGUCGCUAUCUGCUCGUGCGUUGUAGUCCGAGGGAGCUACCUGCAGGAAAUGGUAAAGAGGCGACGGCCAAAGACAAGAAGGCCAGCCGUGUCCCCUUCGUGCCGCUGGAUCCCUCCCAUCGCCUCACGCUGAACAACAAGGCGAUCGCCAUCCCCGACCCGGCGCACCAGAUUGACACCUUACUCGCCCAGCGCAUUGCUGAACAAGACGAAGUCGCCACCGACCGCGAGGACCGCGCCAUCUUCGAGUUUGAGGAGGACGCGCCCACACCGGCGCCCAUGUCGAUCGACGAUUCGUCCGAAGGCGAGGACUACGGCGAAGCUGAGGACUACGACCCGGACGACGUGAUCAUGGUCUCGGACGACGAGGACUACAAGGUGCCCGCGCCGAAGGCGAAGAACAAGGACAAGGACAAGGACAAGGCCCCCGCACCCCGCGCGCCGCCCAAGGACGACUGGAAGCACAAUCCGCAGUGGGUCGAGGAGUGCUUGCAGCACCUGAUGCCCCCGCCGGUGGACGCGAACCCGUCCGCGACGAUGGCGGUGCAGAGGGAGCUGCGCGCGAUGCUGAAGGAGCAGGAGAAGGCGGGGAGUCUGAGCGAGCUCGGGUGGUAUAUGCCGCCGGACUGCAUCUCGGACAAUAUCUUCCAGUGGAUCGUGGAGCUGCACUCGUUCGACCCGGAGAUUCCGAUUGCGCAGGAUAUGAAGAAAGAGGGCGUGAACUCGUUGAUCUUCGAGAUCCGUUUCCCGCCAUCGUUCCCGAAUGCGCCGCCUUUCUUCAGGAUCAUCAAGCCGCGAUUCCUGCCUUUCAUUCAGGGCGGUGGUGGUCAUGUUACUGGAGGUGGCUCGAUCUGCAUGGACCUCCUCACUUCCGAUGGCUGGCUCCCCAGCUACUCCAUCUCCGCCGUCCUCAUGCAGAUCAAGCUAGCCAUCUCCAACCUCGAUCCUCGUCCAGCGCGGCUGGCCCCGCGCGGAGACUGGAAGAGGGAGUACAGGGUUGACGAGGCCCUCCAAGGCUACAAGCGCGCCGCUGCUACGCACGGCUGGACUGUGCCGGUAGGCUUUGAGAAGAUGUUGCGCUGAGUGAACUUGCACGACUGACUGAAUUAUCCGACAUCUUCCAUCCAUAUCUUCUGCUUCCCAUUUACUCAUCUUGCUUCACGAACACUCACGCACUCAUAUUAUUCUUGCAUCAUACCCUUGCAAUCCAUCAUAUCAUCUUC